AUGGAGCCUCUUAAUCAUCUUCAAGCAUUUUUUACAUCUGUUGAUUCUGCAUAAUUCAACUCUCUAGUCGUUGCACUAGAGGAAUGCCAAGUUAAUUCAAACAAAAUUUUAGAGAUUGAAAAAUCAAUAAAGCAAUCAGUUCAGGAUAAUUAGUAUCAACAGAAAGUAUUCUUGACUCUUUGCUCUGUUUAUCUACUUUAUGAUCAAAAUCAGUCAAUAUAGUGGCUAUCUAGUAUAAUCUUAAAAAACACUUUAAAGGAUAAUAUUCUCUUUCUUAAAGAGAAAAAUACUGAAGAGCUCAAGCUUAUCAAAUAAGCUCUCAUUGCUAGACUAAUCAAUGAUGGUGCAAACUUAUUUAAUAACAAUGUUAAGCUUCAAGAGGAGUUCUACAAGAUAUUGAGUUUGAUUAUUGUUAAAGAGUUUAAUCUUGAUUCCAAUGAUACACUUCUAUUUUAAGAACUAAUUUCUUUGUACUAAGCAUAAUACAACAUACAUUCAUUGAAAACUGUGAUCCAAAUAUUCGAAGAGGGAGAUGAUGAUAGAUUUUGGAAGUUUAUCCCAUCAAUCAUGCCUGCUACUCUAGUUUACCUUUAAAAUAUUAGAGAAAACAAGCUUUUGUAUUUAGUAUGGUAAAUGAUUCAACAUGUAUAAUGGUCAGUUGGUGUUGACCAAGACGCCCUAGAAAAAUGUCUUAACAUAGAUACAAUUAAAGCUAUUCUAAAUCAAAUCCUAUAAAUAAACUUCAAUCAUAUCUUAUUGAUCAAUGGAGAAGUUAACGUAUAGAUUAUUUAAGAAAAGAGAUAUUGUUCAAAAAUUCUAACACUCCUAUUUAGAGACUUCAUGAACACCAAAAAAGUUAAGCCAGAAGCUUUAAAAUAUAUCAAAGAUGUUUAUCUAAUAAGCAUGAAGAAUUUGGUGUAUUUCUUGCCAUUUUAUUUGACCACUUAUACAUUCAACCAAGAUUUAGACAGUAUUGAUGAAGAUUAUGAGAUAGAAUUUUAGGGAUUUGUAGUAUAAGUAAUUUCACUUAUCUCUACAUUAAUAUCACUUCAUCAUAAAGUGGUACUCAAAGAUCUUAAAAGUGUCAAUGAGUAAUUGUUAGUUGUGAUGUUCUCUUACUGCAUUAAAGGAACUUAGACAGAAAAGAUUUUUGCUGAUGACAAGAAUCAAUUUCUGAUUGAAUUCCUUGAUUCCGAAGAAAACUAUGAGAAUCAGGUUUCAAUUAGAUCCUCAGUUUGUGAUUUCCUCGAAGAUGCAUGCUAACACUUUGAGUUUGAUAGAGAAAUUCUUGAAAAAAUCAUAGCAUUAUUCGUGUAAGACUCAUUUAAUGUUACAGUAGAGAUGUCAAACUUAGCAUUCCAAAAAAUUAAGAGUAUCAACUCAAUUACCAAUAUUGACCCAAGCCAAGAUACCUUUUUAAUCCCUGGCUAUACAGUAAUGAAAGUAGAUGUUGGUUUCUUUAUAAUUGGAUCAAUGCAGGAUAGUCUGAACAUCCCAUCAUAACUGAUUGAUCAAUGUAUUAAGUAUCUUAAUAAUCCUGAAUGCCAAAUUAUUCUUAAGUUGAGAUCAUUAUGGUUACUCGAAAAGCUAAGUGACAGUUAAGUAGUCAGAAAACUUAAAGAUUCUAUUGGCAGACAAGUAUUUUAGAUUAUAAGUGACCAAUUUGUUAAUUCACAAGAUUUUGUCCUAAACUACCAAUGUAUAAAAACUCUCUACAGAUAUAUUAAGUUGAUUGAUAUAAAGAGCUCUUAUCCAGAAAACUAUUAGGAUAUGCUAAGCAUCUUUAUGCAAAAGCAUGCUACCAUUAUCCCUCAAUGCAGUGAUGAGACUAUACACACUCCUUUAGAAAGUCUAGCUUUUCUUUCAAAGAUUGAUACCAGUUCAUGUCUAAAAGUCAUUUAAGAAGUAAUGCCAGUAAUAAUGGAUGCUUAUCAAAAAUAUUAUCAAGAUGGUAUUAUUGGCUCAGACAUUGUAGAGAUCAUUAAGAUUUGGGCUAGACUUCCCAAUAAUGAUAUAUUUUCAAAGAUUUUUCUACCAUAAGUAAAUUAGGUGAUCACCCAGUACUAUCAAUAUACAUGCACAAAUAUAAAUGCUAUUGAAGCUCAAAAGAUGCUAGAUUCAUCUAUUCUCAAAAAUAUGCUCAGCAUUUUGACAUCAUAUAUUGUGCAAAGCAAGCAAAGGAAUUUCGACUAGGAGCUAGUUCAAAUCCUUAACUAUAUGUUCAUGAUGGAACUAGAAAUACUUAAUGUUUCAAAGGAUAUAUAUGUCUGCAUUUACACUAUCCUUUCACUAUCAUCUUUUGCUUAAGCUGUUCCAGAUCUUAUUAAACAAUAUAACCCUUAGAUAAAUAUGGUCCUUAAGAAAAUUUUAAGCUACCCUGGUGGUUUAGAUGAGAGUUCUUUACUUUAUAUUGGUCAUUUUAUUCUCAUACUAGUUUAGAAUGGAGAUAUUGACAACUAAACUUAAUAAUAAAUCCUAUUGAUAUUGGUUUAGAGACUGGCUAAAUCAAUGAGUUUCCUAAUUCCAAUAGCUACAAGUAUCAUUCAGUAUGGAAAUUAAUCUUUGAAUUUUUUGAUUAAAAAUUCUGACAUUAAUGAUGUAAAGAGUAUGAUUCAAAACUGGAUAUCAUAUAGCGCUCAUUUCCAAGAUAGCUUUUCAAAAGAAAUGAGUAAAAGAGGACUAGUCCAAUUGCUUGAGUAUACUAAGCAUGAUCUAGAUUUCGCUAAAAUAAUGGUCCAAACAAAGUUGGUUCAAGUCAUUGCAAGAGAUUUGAUCUACUCAGAGUAAAACAAUAAAAAGAAGUCAUAGGUGAAAGGUGUAGACUAUGAAGUUGUAGAUGAUGAUGAGGAUGAUUUAUCAGUGGAUGAUGACGACAGUGCUGAUGGCAGUGCUCAAAUGAAACAAUAGAAGAAAGAAUUCUAAGGCGCAGAUGACGAUUUUGAGGACCUUGAUGAUGAGUUUAAUGAUAUUGGCUCUGCUGGAAAUGAUUUGCAUUCUGGAGUAGAAAACUAAGAUGAGGAGAACUUAUUAAGUUCAUAUCUUGAGAAAUUUACUUAGGGUCCUGAUAUUAAAGUCCUGACUUCUUAAGUUAUUAAGAGUCUUGGAAAAGAAACCUUGAUUAAGAUUGUUAAUACAGUUACGGAUGACGGAGAUAGUCUAUUCUCAAAGGCAGAACAAGAUGCCUUGCUCAGUCUUUGA